AUGGAUAUUAUAUGGAUAAUGUUUACUGCAUAAGUGCUGUGUGCCAUGUUCACAAUGAUCAAAACCAAAUUUAGUUGAAAUAACACAUUUUGCAUGGAGAAAAUACUAUACUUUGGAAGAUGAGAACAACAUAUGCAGCAAACUAAGUGACCAAUAUUAAAAUGGGGACUUUGCAUUUGAGCACCAAGUUUGGAAACUUUCUAGUACUUAUACUGAACGUACUUUGUUGACUAUUAUGAAACGUCAUACAAUUGGAUGAUGGAAGUCGGCGGGAUUCGAGUCCAGAGGCGGAUUUCGGUACGAAAAAGAAGUCUACCUGCGGGUCGUAGCCUCCUAACCCCAGUAAAGAAGAAGACAAAUAGAGAGGACGAGGAUAUGAAUAUCACAUGCGCAUCCAGGACUAUGGUCCAGGCCUGUGGUCCGGAGGAAGAGCACCCUGGGCUGCCACCACAACCAGAGGAUAGCGUCAGCGAUGAUGACCUUUUUGGGGAAUAUGACAGCUUUGCUGAGGAAGCAUCAUUGUUAGCUGAGGUGGAUAACUUGGAGAAGCAAUGGAAGCAGGAUUCUGCAGCAGACAGUCCCCAUGGAAAUCCACAGCAAGAAGCUGAAGACCAUAGUUCAUGUAUGACAAAAAAACAAGAUACCCUAUCAUCCGGUGCCGUGCAAGUUCUGCCACACCAGUCUAAUCAAGCGUGUAUGGCAAAUGCCACAAAUAAGACUGGAAACGUGAGUGAAGAUUCUGUAGAUGACUUUCCAUGUUCACAGUUACCUUCUGAAGAGAUAUAUCAACUCACAGAUGUUGCAGCAAAUGAGGAUUCCUCAUAUCCUAGCGAUCCCAGUCUAUUAGGAACACGUGACACGUUCCCUUGUGCGGUUAAGGAUGGUAGAUCAGACCCUUCACCGAAGGACAUCUCUUCCAGUAAUUGCUUGACUACUGCACGAGGAGAAGACAUGUGUGCAGAUAUUAGUAGAGCAGUUGGCAUUGGCACUUCCAGUAUUUCUCGCUACGACAACGAGCAGGGACGAAGAAAAAGCUUAAAGGACAGUUUAAAAAAUGCAUUGGCUGGUAACGCCAAAGGCCAGAGUCCCCAGGUCUCAAGAACGAAGCAACUCAAAGAAACUACUCUUAUGGAGGAAAUAAAUGUUGCCAAAAAGACAUUGGAAACAUCUUCUGAUCUUGACUUGGGUCCGUUUUAUGGUUUACCUAGCAGGGUCGGUGACCUUAUUCAUCAGUUUAGGGGAAUAAAAAAACUCUAUGACUGGCAGCACACAUGUUUGACGUUGGAAUCACUGAAGCAGAGGAAGAACUUAAUCUAUUCGCUGCCAACCAGUGGGGGGAAAACACUCGUUGCUGAAAUCGUCAUCUUUCAGGAGUUGCUGUGUAGGCAGAAAGAUGUAUUGAUGAUCCUGCCGUAUGUAGCGAUUGUACAGGAAAAGGUACGAGGGCUAUCCAGUUUUGGAGUGGAGUUGGAUUUCUUGAUAGAAGAAUAUGCUGGUAGCAAAGGUCGUUUCCCUCCCAUCAAAAGAAGAACAAAAAAGUCCCUGUACAUAGCGACCAUUGAGAAGGGCCAUAGCCUCGUCAACGCCUUGAUUGAAAAUGGAAGGAUCAGUGAGCUGGGUCUUGUUGUAGUUGAUGAGUUACACAUGCUUGGGGAUGGUUCUCGAGGAGCCAUUUUGGAAAUGACUCUAGCUAAGCUGCUCUACACCAGUGAAACUACACAAAUUAUUGGGAUGAGUGCUACCUUAAACAAUGUUGGUGACCUGCAACGGUUUCUUAAGGCGGAAUAUUAUACCAAUAACUUUAGACCUGUUGAAUUGAAGGAGUAUGUUAAAGUCCGUGACAGCAUUUAUGAAGUUGACAACAAAGAGGAGGAUAACUUCAAAUUUUCAAGGCUUCUUAACUAUAAGUAUUCCAGCAACAUGCUGAGGAUUGAUCCAGAUCAUAUAAUUGCUUUAGUGGCAGAGGUCAUUCCAAACAAUUCCUGUCUUGUCUUCUGUCCUACAAAGAAGAAUUGUGAAAAUGUAGCAGAGAUGAUUUGUAAAUACUUGAGCAAAGCACAUUUAAGUCACAGAGAAGCAGAAAAGAAGACCUUGAUAGAAUUCCUGAAGAGUGCUGGAAAUGGUUCCGUGUGCCCCGUGUUGGAACGCACAGUUCUCUUUGGCAUCGCUUACCACCACAGUGGGUUGACGAGUGACGAGAGGAAACUGGUGGAGGAAGCUUACUCAUCUGGUGUGCUUUGCCUUCUUGCGUGUACCUCAACGUUAGCAGCAGGAGUUAACCUGCCAGCUAGAAGGGUCAUUUUACGAGCACCAUAUGUUGCCAGAGACUUCCUUAAGAGAGCCCAGUACAAGCAAAUGAUUGGCAGGGCUGGCCGAGCUGGGAUUGACAGCGCAGGAGAGAGCAUCCUUAUCAUACAGGAAAAAGACAAGCUAAUGGUGCAAGACUUAGUAAGCAAACCACUGGAGAACUGCUACAGCAAUCUUAUGCACGAAAGCGGGAAGGGUUUCCAAAGCCUCCUCCUUUCCCUAAUAGGGCUUAAGAUAGCAAAGACAACAGAGGAAAUCUAUCACUUUGUUUGCUACACGUUGUUCAGUGUUCAGCAAUCACAUCUCUGCAAAGAAAAGAGUCUCUGGGACAUUACAAAAGAGUCACUAGAGAUCCUUGGGAACAAAGGCCUAAUAUGCAACAAAUUAUGCAGCGAAACCCAACAGCAGAUAUUUGAGGUAUCAAAAUUAGGUCAAGCCACAUAUAAAGGAUCCAUUGAUUUGGCUUAUUGUGAUGUUCUGUAUCAAGAUUUGAAAAAAGGGCUGGAAGGACUCGUUCUUGAGAGCUUCCUCCACCUUCUGUACCUGGUCACCCCUUAUGACAUGGUGUCGCAGUGCAGUCCAGACUGGAUGAUCUAUUUCAGACAGUUUAACCAGCUCAAACCAACAGAACAGAAAGUUGUCGCAACUGUGGGUGUACCUGAAAGUUUUCUUGCUCGCAAAGUUUCAUGUCAGACGGUAAAAAAUAGUGCAGAUAGCGUGGUCGUCAAUAGACUUUAUCUCUCCUUCAUACUUUACAACCUGUUGAAAGAUACUGAUAUAUGGAGCGUAUCUAGAAAAUUCAACAUCCCUCGUGGAUCUGUUCAGACCUUGCUCAGUUCUUCUGCUUCCUUCUCUUCCUGUGUGCUGCAUUUCUGUGAGGAGCUAGAUGAAUUCUGGGCAUAUAAAACCCUUCUUCUGGAAGUUACGAAGAGACUUAGUUACUGUGUAAAAGCAGAGCUCAUCCCACUUAUGGAAGUAGCGGGCGUUUUAGAGGCUCGAGCAAAACAGCUUUAUAAUGCUGGUUAUACCUCUCUAGCACACCUGGCCAAUGGUGACCCAGACACAAUGGUCAAGGCCAUUGAAAAUUUGUCUAGGCGUCAGGCAAGACAGAUAGUUUCCUCUGCAAAGAUCCUUCUACAUGAAAAAGCAGAAGCUCUUCAAGAAGAGGUGGAGGAACUUUUGCGACUUCCGCAAGACCUUCCAGCAGCUAUCAAGGAAACAGAAAACCCUAUGAUAAAUGAAUAAACACAGAUGUUCUAGGAUAUUUUUUAUCACACACAAAACCAUCUUAAAUAUAAUAAAUCAUACAAACUUUAUUUUUAUUAA